UGAUAAACCAAAGUCAACUACAUCUUGGAACCUGGUACAGUUUCUUGUAUCUGCCAUCAUGAACUCCUCUCUGAGGACAUUUGUCCGACUUAUCAAGCCAUCAUACCAAACGACCUCUCUCUCACGAUCUUUCUCGCUACAUGGAUGUCAAUCAAAUCAUUCGACCCGCUACUAUGAAAAAUUGCGCAAGGAAUAACCGGAAUUCUACAGAGAACUUCUGAAAAGAGGAACGCAAAGGGCGUCAAAGCGACUUGCCACCGAGCCGGGCUACCGCGACAGGAUGCUAAAGCGUUCCUCGGAUCACUACGCGAAGAUCAAGAACGACGAACGCUAUAUAAUGUAUAGAAGAAUCAGAGACUGGUGUCAGUCAAACGCCUGGGUACGUCAAGAUCUACCAUGGAAAUCACAUUCGCCCAUCGCGUAUGUUGAAAUGACUGAGCACUAUUGCACUGGUUGUGCAUGGACUAGGCAUAACGGGUCCAGAGUUUGGGUAUAUAUGGCUUGGAGAUCGUGUGUCUUGAGACCUUUGUCAAGCUGCUCCUAUAGAGAUAUGCUGACUGUCUCGUCAGUGGAAGAACAUUACGGAUGGGACCUACCUCUGCACUAGUUGCUACCUGACACCAAACCCAGAUUGGAACAAGGUUAUGCCCGAAGGC